AUGCUCGACUAUAAGCCCUCAAUUCCACCUACCGUGAGGCCCUCCGAUGUCCCCGUCGUCGGAUCCAUCCCUCAGACCGUGCCCCGCGACCCGGCCCCACGAACUUUUGCUCCCGAUGCAUCCCUCGUUCUAGUCGGCAUUCGCGGCUGCGGGAAACGCUCCCUGGGCUUUGUCGCAGCUACCGCGCUCAAGCGACGAUUUAUCACCGAAGACCACUACUUCCGAGAAGUCACAGGGGUCACGCGACAGGACUACCUCAAGACCUAUGGCAGCCAGGAGUUUCAGCGCCGGGACAUGGAAGUGCUGAAGAUGAUGCUGGAUAAUCAUCGCACGGGUUGUGUCAUGGAGUGUGGAUUGGGUAGUCUGACGCGACCGGUUCAGGAACAUCUGCGUCGCUAUGCCCGGACUAAUCCCGUGGUUCAUCUACUGCGCGAUAUUGAUCGCAUUCAGCAAUUGCUCGGGCUGGAGGACCAGGCGGUGCGUCUGUUCCGUGAGGGAGACCCCAUGCAUCGGAUGUGUUCCAACUUUGAAUUUUACAACCUGGAAGACCGGACAGGCGCGGCGGACGAUGGCAGCCCAGAUCGUCGAUCGGUCGAUUACUCGUUCAAAUUGCAGGGAGCAAAGGAAGAUUUCACUCGGUUCGUGCAAUUUAUCACUGGACUGGACGUCAAUUACUCCAGCUAUGACUCGCCUUUUGUGCUGCUGGAGACGCCACCAGAACUCCGCUCUUUCACACAUGCUAUCCUUGUACGGUCCUCAGACCUGAUAGCCGACGCAGUGAAACUGACGGAGCUCGAAUCCGGUGGAGAUGCUAUCGAACUCUGUGUGGACCGCUGGGGCCCAGAAAUGGCAGCUGUCACCAGUAAACAGGUGUCGGACUUGCGUCGAAGUGCGCGAGUUCCGGUGGUUCUGUCUGUGGACACCUCCGCCACUGGGAUCGGCUCGAACGAAACCACCACUGCUCGAACCUACUUUGAGAUCCUCGAACAUGGUCUACGCUUGGGAGUGGAAUACCUCGUCGUAGACCUGUCCGAGAACCAAUCCCGGCUGGCUGGGAUCAUUCGUGGUCGUGGAAAUACCAAGAUCAUCGGCCAGCAGGUCUUUAGCCCAUCUUCUCCAAUCACAUGGGACAGUGAGGGCUGUGUCGCCCUCUAUCACGACGCUGAAAAGCUCGGUUGUCAGUUGGUCCGCCUUCUGCGCGUUGCAACGAAGCGCGAGGACAACGCAGCUGUGAUCGAGUUUUCGAACAAGAUCAACGCGCUUCCAGGCGACCACCCUCCGCUCAUCGCCUACAAUAUUGGAGCUUUGGGCCGCACAUCGCAAGUCUUCAACUCAAUUCUCACCGGGGUCACACACCCGGCCAUCACCCGGUCAGCAGAGAAUGAACAUGAUCCUCAAAUGACCUCGCGUGAUGCUGUACGCGCCCUCUUCCAGACCUAUAUGCUCGAUCCCUUGAAAUUCUACAUUUCCGGAGAGAAUGUAGCAUACAGUCUAUCCCCCGCCAUGCACAAUGCUGCACACCAGCACUGUGGCAUGGGCCAUACCUACACCAUCCCUGACUCGCCUUCACUGGCAGUGUUAGACCGGCUGGGCCGGGACCCGCACUUUGGAGGGUCGAGUGUGGUCCAGCCGUGGCGAGUUCAAGUAUAUCAGAAACUCGCCUCCAAGAGUCGACACGCCGAAGCAAUCGGUGCCAUCAACACUAUCAUGCCACUCCGCGGCCACGCCGACGGUACCAUGUACCCACUGCAAGAACAAGCCCGGCGUCGCAACCAGGCUGGCCGCGUGUUGGGCUGGUACGGCGAGAACACAGACUGGGUCGGCAUCAUGACCUGCAUCACGCGCCAUCUCUCCCCGCGCAAUGCAAUUAGCGCGAAGACAACAGGUCUGGUCAUUGGUGCUGGUGGUAUGGCGCGGGCCGCCAUCUACGCCAUGCUCCGUCUGGGCUGUCGAAAGAUCUUCAUCUACAACCGCACCCAGUCCCGGGCUGAGGAGGUCGCUCGCCAUUUCAACUCCUGGGCUUCCUCGCAGGUCGGCUCUGCUGAGGUGGUUCGUGUCCUGCACUCCCUGCAACAAGAUUGGCCUGCAGAUGCCACGCAGCCUAGUCUCGUUGCAUCCUGUGUACCGGCAGACCCGGACCGAGAUGAACCCCCGGCGAACUUUGAAAUGCCAGUUCAAUGGCUUGGGAGUCCCACGGGGGGUGUCAUUCUCGAGUUGGCCUACAAACCCCUUGAUACACCACUUCUUCGACAAAUGCGUCGAGUCCGUAGUGAGACUGGACGACCCUGGGUCCUAUCAGAUGGACUGGAGAAUGUGACUGAACAAGGCAUUGCCCAGUUCGAGCUGAUGACUGGCCGCAAAGCACCUCGGCGAUUGAUGACCUAUGAAGUUCUACGGAACUACGUCGGUGAGAAUGGGUCCUUUGAUGAGAAGACCAUCCAAGCUCGUCUGGAUGGCUUAGGGCCUGCCAUUUAA